AUGGCGGCUUCAGCAGCUCUUUCCAAUUCCAUCACCGCUUUCAAACCCUCUCCGUGUCAACCACGCGCCGCCUCUAUCAACCCUCUCCCCUCCAUCAAACUCCCAUCAAUCUCCUCCAAUUACCCCUUAAUUUCCCAUUUUGCUCCCACUCCAAAAAACCCCACCGUCACACCUCUCCGUUCCGCCGCCGCCGCCGCACCGGAAACCACCAAUUCAUCCACCACAUUCCACGGACUUUGCUACGUCGUCGGCGACAACAUCGACACCGACCAAAUCAUCCCCGCAGAAUACCUAACCCUAGUCCCUUCCAACCCAGAUGAGUACAAAAAACUCGGGUCCUACGCUCUCUGCGGACUCCCUUCAUCGUACCCGACCCGUUUCGUCGAACCAGGUGAGUUCACAUCCAAGUACUCGAUCGUUAUCGGAGGCGACAACUUCGGGUGCGGGUCAUCGCGUGAGCACGCGCCUGUUGCUCUAGGAGCGGCGGGUGUAGCAGCAGUGGUGGCGGAGUCGUACGCGAGGAUCUUCUUCAGGAACUCAGUUUCGACAGGGGAAGUUUAUCCGCUUGAAUCAGAAGUGAGGAUUUGCGAAGAGUGUAAAACUGGUGAUGUGGUGACCGUGGAAUUUGGAGAGAGUAGAUUGAUUAAUCAUACAACAGGGAAAGAGUAUAAAUUGAAGCCUAUUGGUGAUGCUGGUCCUGUUAUUGAAGCUGGUGGCAUUUUCGCUUAUGCAAGAAAGACUGGAAUGAUUUCUAACUGA